GGUCAAACCGCUCGCUCUUCUCUUCUAUGGCUUGUUCUAUGAAUGAAAAAAAUAUUUUUUUAUUUCUUUCGAGACCUCUUCCCGCGAAUCUACCCAUCAGUGUUUCGUGUCCAAGUGUUCUGAACUCAUUGUGCAACUUUCAAGUGAAAUUUAACAUUUUACCAAAUUUGAUUUGUGUAACUAUUUCGCUGCGAGACUUUAUUUGGAUACAUGAAGAACUGAAGUCGAAUGGAGUGUCAGAUUAAAGUGAGACUCAGAGGGGCGGAAAGUAAAGUUCGGAAAUUUAGCAAUGACUCUUCCAGUGUCAAGUUAUGAAGAACUCCUCAUUCAAGUUCGAGAGCUCACUCACGAAACUAUUCUUUUACGUCGACAACUCUCUUCUGAAUUGUUCGAAAAUGUCAAUCCCACGGACUUGAAUCACAACCUAUCACUCAUCCAGAAUCAUUAUCAGAAAGGUAAAUUCGUAACGGAUCAAGUUCUACGACAAUGUGACAAAAACCACAGGAUCGGACCUGACCAGGUUACUUUCUGCGACAGAAGCAAUUAUAGUUUUCAAUCGUAUCCUGCUUCGGGGUUGGCAGUCACAGAAGGAGUUCAAUCAGGAGAACUGACAGCUCGACUGAUUGCCUGGCGAAAUCAGAAUCGAAACUACAACGAAGAAAUAGAGGUGGAGGGGAAUGCGGAGAGAUUCGAAUCCCAGGGUCAGCAGUCUAAACAACGUUUGAAUUCGAGCUCGCGCACCCCCAGCGCCGCGAUAUCUGUCAGUGCGGGACGCGUCGGCGUGGAAGGUGGUGUCGCGUGUGAUAAUCCCGAGACUAACUGUGAUCAGUUUCACGAUUUUGGCCAUUUGGGCCAUCGUCGAGGUCCCCCGGAGUCCCCGGAGGCUCUAACCUGGAGUCAACGAAAUACCCUCGUGGUGGAUCCUCGAGGACGUUUAAUCAAUGGUGCCAAAUCUAGAACCGAUCACGUUCCAUCGACCAUCACUGACAGGACGUCUCAUGCGAAUAAAGAGGAUGUCAUGGAGCCGGAACACAAGGAAGAGAUUGACCAGGAAUCCAGCACUCCAAGUCCCGAGGAGAUGGCAAGCAUCAUGAGUUUCUCAUCAAGUUCCGGGGGCGGUUCAUCCACCGGGAUUCACGGCCACCGUCGUCUCGGGGCAAAAGUCGACGUCGUCUACAGCCUUUUGGGAAUGCUAGGUCGAAGCGAGGGCCGAGAAGACAUGAGUGCCACCUUACUCUCCAUGAGCAGCUCUAUAGAAAGUUGUCUCAUCAUGAGACAAUCAGGCUGUCUUCCUCUACUAGUUCAACUCAUUCACGCACCAGGUCAAGAUCCCGAAACCCGGGAACGAGCCGCCCGAGCCCUCCACAACGUCAUUCAAUCUAGAAACGAUGAACGAAUCGGGCGCCGAGAAGUACGAGUUCUCAGGCUGUUGGAGCAACUCCGCGACUACUGUCAAACCCUCCGAGCCUCUCUAGAAACCGGACAACCCCGAGACGACCUGGAAAGACAUCCUGGAGCGACUAUCGCAGCUCUCAUGAAACUUUCCUUCGACGAAGAUCAUCGUCACGCGAUGUGCCAACUUGGAGGACUUCAUGCCGUCGCCGAGUUAAUCGAGAUGGAUCAUGCAGCACAUGGAAGUGAAUGUGACGAUCAAAACUGCAUCACCUUGAGAAGAUACGCAGGAAUGGCCUUGACUAAUUUGACUUUCGGCGAUGGAAACAACAAAGCUCUUCUCUGUUCCUUCAAAGAGUUCAUGAGAGCCUUAGUUUCUCAACUGCGAUCUCCAAGCGACGAUUUGAGACAAGUCACGGCAAGUGUUUUAAGAAAUUUGUCCUGGAGAGCCGACAGCAGUAGUAAACAGACUCUGAGGGAAGUUGGCGCAGUCAUCGGUCUAAUGAAAGCUGCGAUGGAGGGCCGGAAAGAAUCAACUUUAAAAUCCAUCCUGUCAGCUCUCUGGAAUCUUUCUGCUCACUGCAGCACUAAUAAAGUCGACAUCUGUGCUGUUGGAGGCGCCUUGGCUUUUCUCGUGGACAUGCUCAGCUACAAAGCACCUUCGAAAAACUUGGCGAUUGUGGAAAAUGCUGGUGGGAUUUUGAGAAAUGUGUCGAGUCACAUCGCCGUGAGGGAAGAUUACAGAUCAAUCGUGCGAGAAAAGGGAUGUCUUCAGGUUCUUCUUCGCCAGUUGAGAUCGCCAAGUCUCACGGUUGUUAGCAAUGCCUGUGGCGCUUUGUGGAACCUUUCAGCUAGGUGUCCUCAGGAUCAGCGUUUACUUUGGGACUUGGGAGCAGUUUCGAUGCUAAGGAGUCUUGUGCACUCAAAGCACAAGAUGAUUUCGAUGGGUUCGAGCGCUGCAUUGAAAAAUCUUCUCAGCGCGAGACCUGGCAGCAGUAAUCUCGUGCAUUUGGAUUCAACAGCGAGGGGACUUGGUUUACCAACUCUGCCAACUUUGGUUGCUCGGAGACAAAAGGCACUUGAGCAAGAGAUCGAUCAGAAUUUAGCUGAGACUUGCGAGAAUAUAGAGCCUAGUACUUCUCCGAUUAAUAAAGAUGAUAAGUUCUCGUUUAAAGUGGAUCCAAAUCUCAUUAAUACUUCGGCAAGAUCGUAUCAAGUUCAGGCUGCUGGUCCUUCUGGUAUUAAAUACUACUCGAAUGUUGCAAGAAGCGAGAGCAGGGAAUCGAUGCGUUCAGUGACAAGCACACAUUCUGAUACGAUUUUUGAGAAAGUUAAUCGAAAUGCUUUGAAUGGAGGAUGUUUGCCAGUUGAUGUGCAGAUGAAACAACAGUCUUCCUCGCUUCAUUCGGCCGUUGGUUUUGAUUUAGGAAAUACUGGGGAUUAUACGAAAGGAACACAAUCUGAGAGGAAAUAUGCUAUCAGGUACAAAAAUGCUGCUGUGCCGAGGAUGAAAAGUGAUGUGGAAGAUUUGAAAAGAACCAAUUCUACGAUAUCGUGGUCCACUGCUCCAGAUCAGGAAGCUGGAUGUUCACAAGUCUUGAUGCACUCUUCGAUUGAGGAUAAACUUUCACAGACGAGUUCUUGCGAUUUUUCGUUCACUCGGUCUGAUAACGAGUGCAGCUUUCCUGGCAAGUCGGAUAUUCAGAGGACGAAUUUGGAAGCAGUAAAUCCGGAAAAUCACGUGGCUCUUCAGAACUUGGGAGGAGCUUGUGGACAUGUGGAAAAAGCAAAGGAGAUUAAAAGUGUUUUGAGUCUCGAAGAAGAUCCAUUUUGUGAUUAUGCGGAGACGGAUUUGGACCAGACGACGGAUUACAGUUUAAGAUAUGCGGAACGCAAUUUGGAUGAUGAUGAUGAUGACGAGAAACAACAGAGUUCGGCGUAUUUUACAUGUACGGAACAAGAUAUUGUUAAUGGAGAUAGCGUGAAAACGUAUUGCACGGAAGGUACACCUUCCCAGAUAUCUUUGAAUUCGUCGAGAGCUACUUCGGCAUCUGAUUUGCAAGAGGAUAAUAAUAUUCGACCGAGGAGCUUGUUUAGGACAAUUAUUUCCGACGCGAGUCUUUCUCCUCAUACAUUUAAAUCGGCUAAUUUAAAUUCGUUGACGAAUGCGGACAGAUCUUUGGAAGAUGGAUGGCAGGAAGAGGAGUUUGACGUGACAUUGGUGGAUGAUCGCAUUAAAACAAAAGAGAAUUCUUGUCCAGAUUCUGGGGCAGCUAGCUAUAGAUCUCUGAUCGUAGAUGACGAACACAAAAUCGCUGACGAUUCAAAGCACAAAGAAUGCGAAAGACGAAGAUCAAGAACCAAGACAAAUUCUCCAUUUACUGUGAAUCACAUAAGCGAAGAUGAGAACGUCGAGGAAGACGAGGACGACGAUGAUGAUGAUGAUGAUCAAGGCUUACUUGCUGCUUGCAUUAACAUUGGAAUGCAAAACAAUAGACACAGACAGUCCUUGAGGAGAAACAGCUUUGAGGAAGAAGAAUUGCAGGCAGAGUGCAAUCUCACGCGAUAUGAGACCAGCAAUGAAUUAAACCGAGUCGACAACAGUGCGCCGAAACUUCCUUCUAAUGAACCAUUAAAAAAUGCUCGAUACAGUAUGCAAGAAAUGACAUCAAACGCCGCUUAUGACUACGGAAAGAAUGAGCCGUUAUCCUUGCCUACAACUCAACUCCAAACUGAAUCUUCCUCUAUUCCAGAAAAAAUUUCCAAUUCUGAAAACCCUGAAUCUGAAAUACAGCCUUGUUCAGAAGUCGUCAUCUCCGGAAGUUGCGAGUCCUUCGAUUCAGUCGAGCGAUCGGAACAUGCUCUCCUUGAAUUUUGCAUUCAAUCCAGAAUCCCCAAAGUAAGAAGCGAUUCUGCGAAUGCAUCUAAUACAUCUCUAACUUCAAACGAACCUUCUUCAAAGGACACAAUCGACACAGUUGAGGACACCAAGCCAAAUGGAAUCGCCGGAAUGCAAGUUGAGGAAGCGAUUAUAAUGAGCGAAGAAAACUCAAAAGUUGAGGAAGCUUACAGACGACAGAGAGAUCCUGACGCGAUGAUUGCAUCUUUAGACAGACUGACUGCAACGUUAGUUCAACAAACAGAAGCGAUGCGCGAGAGAGAAUCCAACAUGAAGCAAAGUUUGCUCAGUGACACCUGGAACGAAGAUUCUCCGAAUGAUGUUUCCUUCCCAAGUAUCAGUGUCAGUGCUCCUCUCAUUGCUUCCUUCAAAAGUGAUGCUCAAGACGAACAUCCUCCAGCUUCAUCUGUCAUGACCGAUUCGAGAAUAAUCGCCGAAGAAGCCAUAAAAAUUGCCGAGGUCGUUUCAGCCGAAGCAAACAAUUCAGGCGCACUUUCUAUCGAUCUAGAGAAUAUCAAUCCUCCAUCUUUUAUGGGUAGUUUGCAAUCCUUAAGCGCGAGUUACAACAUUGCUCCUGAAAGUGAAAUCUACACGGUGAGAGAUCGCGGUUUCUCGAUUUCGACACCACCUGGAAAAAUGAGGAGUCCAAUCUCAACAAGUCGCAAAAAGUCGUUACCUGCUGGGGUUGUUGCCAAAAGAGCUUUAAACUACGGUCCAAAUCACACAAGUCUGGAGAAUCUUUCUCAACUUGAAAACGUGAAACCUCCCUCUAUGAUGGAUGAAGUUUUGGACAUGGGGGAUAUGGAAAAUAGUAUGGUAAGUGUUGCAAGUAUCACUUCCGAAAUCGCCGACCGAGAUCAAUAUUCUCACAGUUUGACAGGUAGCGAUCCCGUUUACGAUUUGGUGAAACCAGUAGCCAAUGUUCUUUCAAUGACUUGCAUGAGAUACGCUGAAUCAAUGCAGAUGAGUGCCAACAACAGUUUGAGCGAGUGUCUCGAAAAUAUCAAUCCACCUUCUUUGUUUAACGAAGUGACAGAAAUGGACGAGUCGACCCUUGAGGGAAAUUCUGAAACUCUCUGCAAUGAAACUCUCUGCAUUGAUAUCGAUCUACGGACCGAAGAAGCUUUCCAGAUAGAUAGAAUUGAGGAAGUAGGCAAUGAUACUGACGAAGCCACAACUCCAAUUCCUAGUGAAUACAGUUCGGCGGAUUCCACGCCGAAGAAGCGGCUUCACAGAGGACAUCUAACGCCGAAACAAAAGCGACAAUUGGCAAAAGAAAGGUAUAAGACCUACACGAUUGCUGCAGAGUUGGUAAAGAAAGAAGAGGAGGAUAGAAGAAAACAAGAGCAGGCUGAGAAUAGAAAGAGUUCGCUGACCAAGUUAACGCCCAAGCAACGCAGACAAGAAGACAGGAAUAGAUUUCAAACUCAGGUUCUUGAAGCUCCCAUCCUGCAAAAGUCACCAGAAACAGCAGUCAAGUCUGGGAUUCCAAAAUUUACAGGGAAGGCUAGUUUCAGCAGAGCGAACGAAAGGUACCGGACGAGAACGAUAGUAAGUGACCUUCCUCAAGUGAAAGAUCACCAAGUCCACACAAUGCUAGAGCAAAAUGCGAAUAUCGUUCUCAACACCUUGAGCGAAACCGCAAAAGGUGAGGAGACACUUUUGGAUUGUGAGACUCUAUCUCUCGUCUCGAACGAAUCAGGAUCUGAACAUUAUCUUCAAAUGCGUUUCGCCAAUGGAGACAGGAGAACUAAUUUCCAUCAGGAGAGCAGAUCCAAAUUAUUUUCCUACGAGGCUCCUGAAGAAAGGCAAGAGUUGGUGGAGUCGGAAAGUGAAGAUUCCGAGAAACAAAUUCAAGAAGCAAAAGGUCCACGCAUCAUAAAACCAGGAACUCUCAGCAGAGAUUUAAGCCUGGAGUCGAACGCGAGUCAAUCCGAACCGGAGAUUCGAAAAGCGAUUCGAGGAAGAAGAAAGCCCUUGUAUUCAAACCCGACUACCAGGAAAUCAACUCCACAGUCUUCUCCUUCAAAACUCAAUAGGAACAGUGCAAUUCCAAUUGGUAGGAGCAACACGUCUCCGAUUGUUCGAGCAACAAGGGCUACAACUCUCAGACAAAAUAACAAUACUCCUCGGGAAGCUUCAAAGUCGAAUAGUCCAAAACACACAGCAAAUCUUCUAGGUGGCGAUAAAAAAACAGUUGUUCCAAAUGCAUCAAAAAGAAGUUCUAUUCCCCAAAAGGGAUCUUCCUUGACGUUCACCAAAGCCAUGAAACGUCACAGCACACCAGCUACAGCUCAGGAGGUGAAAACCGCAGCCCCGACGAAACCCCUUGAAAGGCAGGGAACUUUUACGAAAGAUGAACCUGAGGUUGAAAAUGCACCAACCGUUCCUUCAAUUGCUUCGCCUAUGAAAACAAAAAUUGCCAAACCUGUCACGAGUUCAAAAUCUUUGAUCCAAAAACCCAAAGUUUCCAAGUUUCCAAAUUCGAAAGUACCUUCACUGAUUCCUUCAAAGAGGAAUCCAAAUUCUAGUGAAAGCAGCAUUCCUAAAAAGGUGACGGCUUUGGGACACAGGUCUAACAGCAAUUCAAGCAUUUCGCCUUUAUCCCAGAAGAAGACAAAAGAAGCGACAAGCAAAAUCGCGAGUCUCUGGAAGAAAGUGGAAGAUAGUAAGAACAGACGACCCGAGAAACCGGAUACGAGGAAGUGGAUCACGACAAGCAACGGGACAAUCCAAGACGUGGUUGAUGAUGCACCAGCUUUCAGAUUCUUUAGGAGUUCGACUUUCGAAGGGAUGCCCAAAACUAUUAGUGACUCCUCGAUAGCACAGAAGGCGUGUUCUCAGAAUUCGUCUAGAAUGGAGAUGUAUAAUGGGAUCAAGUAUCGAAACUCCUGUGAUCUGAGUGGCAUUCCAGUGAAGCAUCCGGAGCCACAGAGCCAGGAACAAGUAGUCUUUCGAAGUCAGAGGAAUUCUGAUACCACCUCAGAAAGUGAAAUCGACAUUACCAAAAGAAUUUCCCGGCUUGGGUCUUUCAUCCGGGUUGAUGAUUCUUCUACCAAAGCGAGUUCUCCACUCCAAGGUGUCGCUGCUGCCGUUAGAAUACCAGCUGCCGCGAUUGUGCCGCCCUUCAAUUACAAUCCGCAUCCAGAAAGUUCUCUGCAGAAUGCCAAAGACAAUUCUGAAGGGAAGGUCGAAAAUCAGAGUUUUAAAUCGGAAAUUAUCACCGCUUCGGCCCGGGUCACGACAGUUUAAAAGGAUAGAGAGUUCUGUUGUUUAACCUUUAAAAAAGUCAAUUUUUUAAAAAAUUUUAACAAAUAUACUAUAGAUUUGUUUUGGAGAUUACCGUUUCAUAGAGAAAAAGAGAAUUUGUAAUAAAAAUUUUCGCUCCAGGAUUGAGUCGAAUUUAAAGGUUAUGUUUAAGCGUGGCCGAGAUUUGAGCGGGAAAUUCAAAUUGUAAGAUCUUUGUAUUUAUGGACAGUUUCUUUUUUUUUAAUUGAGGGAAUACUUGUCUAUAUUUUAUAUAUAAUCAUUUUAAAAAUUGCAAAAGCUUGUAUACGAAGGGUUAAACAACUAGAGCCAAUUAAAAGAAAUACUUUUUCCUGUCCAAUUCAGACUAGUCAUUCUAUUUCUGCUGGGAAGAGAACUAUUAUUUAUACUAUUUAUUUGCAAUUCAUCAACUCAAGGCAAAUUUAUGAUUAUCUUGAAAAAAUUGCUUUCAAGUUGGUAUUUGCAGCUAAAGAAUUCAAACUUUUCAUGAAUAGUUAUAAAACUCCUUGAUUUUAAAUGCUUGUUGGAAAAGUUACUUUUUUUGUUGUUUGAUUUAGUUAAAUGAAGUCAUUAAAUCUAUCAGAAACGGCGAUUCAUUAGCGAAUAAUAGUCCCAAGAUGUUCCUUGAUCCUACAAUUUUUUUAAUAAUAAAACAUUACAUUUUUUCUAGUAUCAUAUAAUAAUAAAAUCCAUUUAAUUUUUGGAUUUUAUAAUACUUAGUGAAAAUUAAAUGCAUUAAAAUUAAAUAAAGGCAAGAAGAAAAUGGCUAAGGUCACGAUUUACUGGGACGUUUAGCUAAGUAUUUUUUUUAAAUGAAUAAUUUUAUUUCAUAUAUUCAUUGUAGUUAGGGAUUUUACACUCUUUUGAAAUUCCUUGGGAAAUUGAAAAUAGUGAUGAAUUCACAAAAUGGCAGUGAUUUUCUCAGAAUCAGAGAAAGAAAUUUUCGUAGGGAAAACAAGAGUUUAUAAUUGUAAUUUCGCAUCAGGUUUGAGCCUAAUUUAGAGGCCAUGUUUAAAUAUGGCCAAGAUUUCAGCGUGAAAUUUAAAUUUAAAGAUUUUUAUAUUUAUCGAGAGACUUUUCAUUAUUCUUCCCCGUUUUCCAGGUAUUUGCAUUAUUCCAAAAAUUAGAAUAUUUUUCUGAACUUUUUUUGUAUCUCAUGUUUGAAAAAAUGACAAUUUUUGAUUAUCGGAAAAACAGCCGACAUUUUUUUAAUUGAUCUGUUAGUUUCAAAAGAGUAUGAAAUUCCUCACCUUAAAUAAAUAAAAUUUGGCUAUUUGAACAAGAAAAUGAGAUUUGAAUCAAUUUGACCAAUUUUAUUUGCUUAUCUAAUUAACCAAGUGUCUCGUUUUAAAUCGCUUGCGCUUCGACGUUUCAGAUGGAUAAAAUGCUCGGCACUUGAUUUGGUACCAUUUUCAUUUUUCAUUAGAUUCAUGGAUACAGUUUUUAUUUUUUAAAUGAAAUACUUCUUUGCAUUCGAGUAGACGGUUACUUUAAAUUGUAGUCCUCGAGAGCUGGUGCUCCGGGUCUAAGAUCUUGAUAGAUUUUUCAUGUUGUAUAUAUUACGAUACGUCGAUAAAUUCCAGACUUACUCAUUGAUCUUAAAAUUCUUCGUACAUGAUAUACUGAUUGUACUAGUCUAUUUAUUCAAUUCUGUAUAUAAAGAUCCGUGAAUAAAAAGUAGGGAGGAUAGUGAUAAGCGCAAGUAUAGAGUACGUAAAGCUUGUUGUUUUACAUUGAUCUUAGAGUAAAUAAAAAUAAUCGUAUACGCGAUUAGACCCUUUAAUGUUUAUCAGACGUGCUUUGUACAUUUUCGAGUGUAAACUAAGGAACUAUGAAUUAAUUCCUUGUAAAGACUGAUAGCAAAGCAUUAGGAGAAAGGUGAUUUCACUUGAAAAUCUGUAUUAUCGUUCGAAAGCAACUAUUAAACCUAAAAAUGUAAGGACUUGCAAACGCGACCUAAGUUUCUAGUCCCGUUUCAAUAAAUGCCUAUUGCAGGAAAUAGCGUAUAUAUUUUGAGGAUGUGACAUACCGAAGUCAUAUGAUAUAAGAAAAAACUAUGUAUUUAUAUGUAAUUUGAUUAAAUUCGCGUAUUGACCAAAUUACGCAAUAUUUUUUCGUCUCUCGUGUACGUUAGAAAAAAUCAAUUUCCACUUUUAAUGGCAAUUCUUUUGAUCUUUUAAGUUUUUUAAUCUGUAUACUAAUUCGAAGAGUUGCGACGUUAUUGUACAUAAUUAUUGUUAAUUUCCUCCUCUCGUGUCAUCUUUCCUUCUAUAAGACCUGCGUGUAGAAAAAUGUCGAUUUCCUAAUUUAGAAGGAAAUUACUCGACGUGGUCAAGUCGUUUUUUCGAUCCUUUUCCAGUUCGGAUUAAUUCAAUUUAAUCCUUCCAACUCGGAUGCCCAAGGAUCCUUUUAGUUUGAUCUUUUAGUUCGAGUUUGAAGCGAAUUUGGUCCGUACUCCGAACAUUUUGUGUAACUUCUUAAUAGCGUACUUAGAUACAAGCAUGGGGUCUCUUAUCAAUUAAUCCUUAAGUUUGUCAGAUACUUUAAUUCUUUGUAUAUUAUUGAUUAUAAUUAAACAAUAAAUUCGCAGCUAAAUCUCA